AUGCUCGUCAACAUCCUCACCCUGCUCUCUCUCCUCGGCGCCGCCGCCGCCUUGCCCACCUCCGUCGGCACCAGGCAAGACGCCACCGACCUCCCCCCUACCGCAAAGGUCAUCAAGCCCGCAAACUCCACCAUGGAGCAGUUCAAGGCAGAGUAUGCCCCCUCCUCUAUCCAUCCCCGUGCCCGGCUGCUGACCAAGAAGCAUAGCUUUGAAGACUUCUGCCCCAGGUACUACGCUCCCCACGACCACGGACAGACCGACCAGCCUAUCUUCAUCUCCCAGUCAUUCGAGGCGGACAGCUUGAGCGAUGAUGCCGCAGAGAAGAAGAGGGACAUUGACCCUGAUGACAUUGCCACUGUCAGCUGUAUCUACCUCUACUACAGCACCACCCCAUACCAGAACAUUGGUGUUGACGUAGCGAUCGCUUUGGGCGGGGAUGGGCUCGUCACCAUUGACAACUAG